AUGUCGAACCUUUGCCUCGCCCUUGGGGCUCUGAUGGCCAUAUUCAAUGUUGUCGUCCUAGCUGCAACCACCUAUAUUGUCCCUGGAGCUGUUUGGUACGAUACGGAUGGUAAUAAGAUUGAUGCUCACGGUGGCAUGAUUACAGAUCGGGAUGGCACUUUCUAUUGGACUGGCCACGCUGCUGAGACCGUAACCCCAUACAUGUAUUCAUCCACUGAUCUCCUGAACUGGGAUUUUGUCGGCAGUGUGGCACCGAGUGUCACAGGGCUCUGGCGGCCAAAAUUUGCCAAGCCAAAUGGCGAGUACUGGGGAUAUCUACUGCCCGACGAGCGGACGGCCGGUGAUACAGGGCUUUUCUUAGACCCUCCCACAGAUACAUACUAUUACCUCAGCUCGGCGGGCAGUAACAAUCUGCAGGCUAACGAGAUCUUAUCGACUGGAGCAAUUGGGGACAGAAUCACAGAUCUUGAGGGUGCUUAUGAGGCGCCCGGCAUGCUAUACGUGGAUGGCACAUACUUCCUUGUUAUGUCGUCCAAGACCGGCUGGACAGCUAAUCCCAAUCUGGUGUGGUCCUCAACGUCAAUUGCAGGUCCUUGGUCUGGCCCAACAGACCUUGCACCGGACAGCGAUGACACUUAUGGCUCUCAGAAUUCAUUUGAGCUUACUAUUACCGGCAGUGAGACGACCACAUACAUCUACAUGGGUGACGUCUGGGACUCCACCGGUAGUGCAGCUUCAAACUAUAUGUGGCUACCUAUGACACCUGAUACAAGCGCUGGCACUUUGACCCUGGACUACUAUUCCAUGUGGACGAUCGACACCAGCACUGGAGUCGUGUCAACCCCUUCCACGAAGAAGCGGUAUGAAGCCGAGGAUGCAGAGGUAUCAGGCGCUGCAGUGCAAAACUGCGAGAUAUGUCUGAGCAAACGUCAUGUCUAUCAAAUCAAAGAGCAGAAUGAAGUGAUAUUCCGCAAUGUCACUGGAACAGGCGACAAGGAAUGGGUUACACUCCACUACACUGUCAACGAUCACACUGCUGGCGACGCGUACAUCGUUGUCAAUGAUGAAAGCAUGCCUACGAAUAUUUCCGAGCUUAACAUGAGAGCGGGCCGUCACAACGCCGUCCCCGUUUCGAUGAAGCUGGAUAUGGGCGGCACUAAUACCAUCAGAUUUGGCUCCGUGGGUUCACCGGGCUUCGAGGCAACUCUGGACGCAAUUGAAUUCCACAAUUAG